CAGCUAAGUUACGGGCGACACCAACGGCAGUCGACUUCCUUCCUUCCUCUGUGCCUCUCUCAACGCUGGAGCUGCCGCCUCGCCACUAGCAGCGCGCUCUACUCCCCGUCCUCCUCGUCCAUCCUGCUCUAGUUUCAGCAGCCACAACGACCAUGUCGAGGGACUACGACCACUUGUUCAAGCUCGUGCUGAUCGGCGACUCGGGCGUGGGCAAGUCCUGCCUGCUGCUGCGCUUCGCGGACGACGCCUUCACAGAAAGCUACAUCACCACCAUUGGCGUGGACUUUCGAUUCCGCACUGUGAAGAUCGACAACAAGACUGUGAAGCUUCAGAUUUGGGACACUGCUGGGCAGGAGCGUUUCCGCACUAUUACGAGUGCGUAUUACCGUGGAGCAGACGGUAUUAUCAUGGUGUACGACGUCACCAGCCAGGAAUCGUUCGAUCAUGUAAACGACUGGUUAAACGAAGUGAACCGAUACGCCAGUGAAGGCACGUGUAAGCUGCUUGUGGGCAACAAGAGCGACAUCAGCGACAACAAGGCGGUGUCGUACGAGACUGCCAAGGCUUUUGCAGACAGCUUGUCCAUCCCGUUCCUGGAAACCAGUGCCAAGAACGCGCAGAACGUGGAGGAGGCCUUCCUCACCAUGGCUUCCGAGCUGAUCACGAUUCGUGAAAUGGUUGGCGACUCCAACCGGCCUGCAGGCACCAAGUUGACCGAGAACACCAAGAGUGGCGGCAACUCGAAUGGAUGCUCUUGCAACUAGCUGUGCUCGUGGGUUUCCUGCCGUCGAAAACUACGCUUGAUGACAAUAGGAACGCGAGCCCUUGUCCGUCUCGACACAGCUACCUAGGAAUUAGUGCAUCACCCUCUCUAUUCUGCAUGCGUAUGGCUUAGCGCGCGCUAAACCAUUCUCUGGCCGCUAUAAACAAUAACAGAGCGCUCCCAGAGUAUCGUUCGCUUCG